AUGGCCGAACACAAGCCUGUUAUUGGUCUGAAAGCUCCUGGUCAUGUUUAUUCAGCAACACUGCGCAAUUCCAGUGAUGAAGAUGUUUCGGUAGAGAUUCAAUAUGCCGGUUCAGAGGAUAGUCAUGGCGAAACGGUUGAAGCUAAAAUAGCAAGUGGUGCUGAGCAUGCAGUGGACGAAAAAGAAGUAUCAACUGGUACACAUCAACAACGAAAAUAUGUGAAAAAGGUUACAGUUAAAAAACAAGAUGGUACAACAAAAGUAUUGGAAGCACCAUUCGAGGGAGUAACAAGUCCACAAAAAAACUGGCAGUUUGUCAUUGAUAAUGACGGAAUUAAAUCACAGAAAUAA